CUUUUUUUGGUGAUAGUUCAUACUUUUACUGAUGAUACAUCUUCUGACCAUUUUUUCUCCUGACAUGGAGUGGGUGGUUGAAAUCCCUCCCCUUCAGUGCUCUGCAGCAGUGCGUAUAAAGGCAGCCCUCUCCCCUCUGCAGGGUCUGGUUGAAGUGCUGCGGGGCGGCAGUCGGGACCGCCUGAAGAGCAGCUGAGAACAAGGGACAGAACCAACCCGCUGCAAACUUCGAUUCCUUCAGAUCUGUUUUCUUUUCUUUGUGCAUCUCCAAAAUGACCGGCGGUCCACUGACGGGGCUGCUGGUUGCCCUGUGCCUCAGCAGUGCAGCGCACGGCGCUCCAAACAAAAACAAAAGACAAUCUCAGUAUCAGGUGUAUCCUGACCUCUACGAGCCCGAGGCCGUCUCACCAGUCGUCUGCCAGGACAACGGGCGCUCAUACAGUCCCAACCAGCAGUGGGAGAAGUCGUACCACGGCAGCACUCUUCUCUGCUCCUGCAGCGCAGCUGGACGCGUGGACUGCACCACCAAGCCUGAAGUGGAAGAAACUUGUCAUGAUAAGUACAACGGGCAAACAUACAGGAUCGGUGAAACCUAUGAGAGGCCAAGAGAAGGGAUGAUAUGGGACUGCACCUGCAUCGGUUCUGGUCGAGGGAAGAUCAGUUGCACCAUCGCAAAUCGAUGCCAUGACGGCGGGAGGUCAUAUAAAAUUGGGGACACCUGGAAGAGGCCCCAUGACACAGCUGACUACAUGCUAGAGUGUGUUUGUCUUGGAAACGGCAAAGGAGAGUGGACCUGCAAACCUGUGGCUCAGAGUUGCUUUGACAACAAUGCAGCAUCGUCAUAUGUUGUUGGUGAGACUUGGGAGAAGCGGUACCAAGGCUGGAUGAUGCUGGACUGCACCUGCCUGGGAGAGGGACACGGGAAAAUACAAUGCACAUCCAGAAACCGCUGCAAUGACAAUGACGUCAAGAAGUCUUUCCGCAUUGGCGAGACCUGGAUGAAGACCGACUCCAGUGGACACCGCGUGCAGUGUCUUUGCUUAGGAAACGGCCGUGGAGAGUGGAAAUGUGACCGGGACAGUGUAGCCCAAAGCCACGGCACUGUGGUGUACACCCCCGAGCGCUCCAGGGUUGAGUUCAACAGAGAGGGAACGUGCCGCACAGAUUCUGGGAACUCCUACCACGAAGGACAGCGCUGGCUCCGGACUCAGGGCAGCAAACAGAUGCUGUGCACGUGUCUGGGCAGUGGAGCCAGCUGUCAGGAGUGGGAAGCCAGGAAUCAGGUGUAUGGCGGUAACUCCAAUGGGCAGCCGUGCGUGUUCCCCUUCGUCUUCAUGGGGAAGACGUACUACUCGUGCACUUCCGAGGGCCGCACAGACGGGCAGCUCUGGUGCUCCACCACCUCGAACUAUGAACGAGACCAGCAGUACUCUUUCUGUACUGAAAAAAAUGCUAUCGUGGCGACGCUGGGCGGGAACUCCAAUGGGGCUCUGUGCCACUUCCCCUUCCUCUACAGUGGUCGUAACUACACAGACUGCACCGCAGACGGGCGGCGUGACGGCAUGAGGUGGUGUGGUACCACCCACUACUAUGACAGUGAUCAGCUCUUUGGGUUUUGCCCCAUGGCAGCACAUGAGGAAGUGUGUACCACAAAUGAUGGAGUGAUGCACCGAGUUGGGGACAAGUGGGACAAGCGACAUGAUGUCAUGGGUCACCUGAUGGAGUGCACGUGCCUGGGCAACGGGCGCGGGGAGUGGAACUGCGUUGCUUACUCACAGCUGCGAGAUCAGUGCAUUGUUGACGGAGUGCCUUAUGAAGUCAACCAGGAGUUCUCCAAGCGCCAUGCGGAGGGCCACAUGAUGAACUGCACCUGCUUCGGACAGGGCCGCGGGUGGUGGAGGUGUGAUGCUAUUGAUCAGUGUCAGGAGCCGCAGAACAGAGUUUUCUAUCAGAUUGGAGAACAGUGGGACAAGGUCAUCCACGGCAUCCAGUACCGCUGCCAUUGCUAUGGAAACGGGAUUGGAGAAAUGAGCUGUGAACCUCAGCAGACGUAUCCAGGCGGCCGCAGACCUGUGCAGGUCAUCAUCACAGAGGCCGGAAAACAGCCAGACUCCACCCCCAUCCAAUGGAACGCUCCGUCCUCUGCCCACAUCACGCAGUACAUCCUCAAGUGGAGAAUCAAAAACAGAGGUACCCCGUGGAGGGAGGUCACCAUCCCCGGCCACGUCAACUCCUACACCAUCAGCGGGCUGCGUCCGAGCGUGACCUACGAGGGUCAGCUGAUCAGCAUUCUGCGCUAUGGAGGUCGCGAGGUCACGCGCUUUGACUUCACAACCAAUCAUGGCUCCUUGGAGACCUCAGAGGGGGAGACGGCUGCGCCUCCUCCGUUGGUGGAUACUUCAGAGUCGGUGACGGAAAUCACCUCCAACAGCUUCGUUGUGUCUUGGUCCUCGGCUUCUGCCACCAUCUCUGGCUUCAGGGUGGAGUACGAGCUCACAGAGGAGGGAGCAAAGACCAACGUCUUGGAUCUCCCUCGCACCACCACCUCUGUCACCAUCGAUCAACUUCUGCCCGGACGCAGAUACAACGUCAGCGUCUAUGAGCUACCAGAGCAAGGAGAGCCCAACCUCAUUCUGACCACCUCACAGAUCACAGCUCCUGACACACCAACCCAACCUGCUGUUGACGAGGUCGGGGAGGCGUCCAUCAGAGUCAGCUGGACCAGACCUCAGGCUCCUAUCACAGGUUACCGGGUCGUGUACACUCCGUCAGAGGAGGGCAGCAGCACUGAGCUGACGCUCCCAAACUCGGAAAACUCUGUGACCCUGGUGGACCUUCAUCCUGGUCUACUGUACAACAUCACCAUCUACGCCGUGGAGGACCACCUGGAGAGCGAGCCGGUUUUUGUUCAGGUCACCACAGCUGGUUCUCAGAAACAAGAGGAGGUUCCAGCUCCCUCAAACCUACAGUUCUUUGAGGUCUCAGAUGUGAAGAUCAUCCUCACCUGGACUGGUCCCCCCAGAGAUGUGACGGGAUAUCGAGUGACUUACACCCCAAUGGACCGGAGCGGCAACGAGCUCCGAAUGCUGCAGCCGCCGAUCUCUCCCAAUGCCUACGCUGAGCUCCGGAACCUGCAGCCCGGCACGCUCUACCGCUUCUACAUCUAUGCCAUCAGCAGCGGCACGGAGAGCCAGCCGUUAGUAGGAGAAAUGUCAACUAAACCUGAUGCACCCACAAAUGUACGUUUCACUGACGUCGGCCCCGACAACGCGCUGGUCGUCUGGGAUGCUCCCCGCGCCGUUGUCUCCGGUUUCCGCCUCUUCCUGAGCAUCGAGGGCUCCAGCCCCAUAGAGAAGAGGAUCCCCGGCAGGACCACUCAAUACCCUUUGAAGAACCUACGACCAGACACCCAGUACAUGGCCACGCUGCACUCCGAGCUGGACAAUGAGCUCAGUGAAGGAGUCACCAACUAUUUCACCACAGCUCCCCAGUUGGGAAACGCUCCUCCUUUCAGCACUGAUGUCACUGACACCGCCAUCAUUAUCUCCUGGAUACCUGUUCGCAGGUUCAGCUACAAGUUGUCUGUUCUACCCAGUGAGGAAGGCGAGUCUCCCAAAGAAGAGACCUCUGACUCCGGACGUAUCUUCAUUUCCGGUUUGAUUCCUGGAAACAAGUACUCCUACAGCGUCCAGCCCAUUUUCAAUGGCCGUAACCGUGGAAACCCCAUCACCCGCAAUGUUGUUACAUCUUUGUCCCCCCCCACUGACCUCAGAGUGGUGUCCAGCCCCAACACAGGUGACCUCACAGUCUACUGGACAGCCUCCGAAACACCAGGAAUCACAGCCUACAGAGUGACAAGCACACCGACCAACGACCAGCGAGGAAACUCUUUGGACGAGUUUGUUCCAGUAGGUCAGACCUACUGCCAGCUGGAGAACCUGAAUCUCGGUGUGGAGUACAACAUCAGUGUGUUCAGUACCAAAGGACAAGUGGAAAGUUUGCCAGUGUCCACUAUCGUCACACCAGAAAUUCCCAUACCGAGUCACAUUGACUUUGUCAACAUAACUGACACCACCAUUGGCCUGCGCUGGACCCCCCUGCACUCCAACACCAUAACUGCUUACCGGAUAACGGUAGUAACAACCGGCCAGAACUUGCCAAUAUUCCAAGAUUUGGUGGAGGUGUCAGCUGGUUAUUACACCAUUCAUGGUUUGGAGCCUGGUGUGGACUAUGACAUCAGUAUCGCCACGGUUACAGAGACGGGGGAAAGCGAGCCGGCCACACACACAAAGCAGACGCAUGCGGCCGUGCCGCCUCCCCUCUACCUGCAGUUUGGAAGUGUGGGACCUGACUACAUCAGAAUAACAUGGACACUCCCUAAUAUUGCCUCUCCGAGCGACAUCUCUCGAUUUGUUAUCCGUUACCACCCCACGGCCACAGACGAUGACGUCAAGGAGGUCAACGUUGGGGGAGCCACCAGCACCUACCUGCUGAACAACUUGCAACCAAACACAGAGUACCACAUCAGUGUUGUGGGUGUUUACGGAGAACGAGAAAGCUCGCCAAUAACAGGAAUUCAGAGAACCACUCUGGACUCUCCAACCGGCCUGGACUUCUCUGACAUCCGGACCACCUCCUUCACCGUCCACUGGAAGCCUCCGAUUGCUUUCAUCACUGGCUACAGGAUCCAUUACCAGAAGACGAGCGGUGGACGAGCCAAGGAUCAGAGGGUGCCCCCAACCAGGACCCAUUUCACUUUGACUGGACUGGAACCUGAUAAGGAGUACCUGAUAUAUGUGUAUGCUGUCAGCAACAAUCAGGAGAGCCAGCCUCUGACUGGCACGCAGGCCACCAUCUCUGAUGAACUUAAAGACCUGGAGGUCACAUCAUCCACCCCCAACAGUAUCACCAUUCGUUGGGAGGCCCCAUCUGCAGCAGUGACUACCUACAGGAUCACCUACGGAGGGACAAGUGGAGAAUCUCCUGUGGAGAAAAUGAUCCCAGGGACCCAGACCACCUACACCCUCACUGACCUGGAGCCUGGUACUGACUACACCAUCUCAGUCUACGCUGUUUCAACUAGAGGAGACACCCCAGCCUCCAAUACCCAUGCUACUAUAACUCACCGAACUGAUACUAUGCCCCCAACGAGCAUGAAGGUCAUGGAUGUGAGUGAUAAUUCUAUCAAGGUGCGCUGGACUCCGGCUCAGGGACCAAUCAAAGGUUAUAGAGUCACAAGUACGCCCAAAAAUGGUUUGGGGCCCUCCUACUCUGAGUUGGUGGCUCCAGAUCAGACAGAGAUGAUAAUCACAGGCCUGAUUCCGACUGUUGAGUAUGUUGUCAGUGUCGCUGCUCUGGGAAAUAACGGACAGCCAUCAACCCCCAUGGUGGAGAACGCCAUCACUGCCAUGGAUGGCCCCAAGGAGUUGACCUUUUCUAACAUCGACUCCACCUCCAUGCGCAUCACCUGGGACAGCCCUGAAGGCAGCGUCACAUCCUACAGGGUGUUGUACUCCAGCUCAGAGGAGGGGGAGAGAGAGCUGCGACCCGCCCCCAGAGGCAGUCAGAACAGCGCAGUGCUGAGAGGUCUCCGGCCCGGCACUGAAUACACCGUUAAAGUCAUCGCUCUGAACGGCCAAACACCAAGCACACCUUUAGUGGGAACCCAGGCCACAGUCAUCAAUGCACCAACCAACAUGGUCAUCUCCGAUGUCGGACCAUCCAUGUUCACUGUGUCAUGGCAGGCUCCAAACGCACGGCUAACAGGCUACCGUGUAGUUAUCACACCCAAGAACAUCAACAGCCCCAGCAGAGAAAUCAAUGUUUCACCAGACGACACCCGCGUUGUGGUUCCUCAACUCAUGGUAGCAACAACAUACCAGAUACAAGUGUAUGCUCUAAAGAACUCCGUCACCAGCCGACCUCUGGAGGGAGAAGUCACCACACCAGAAAACUUGAGUCCUCCAUGGCGCGUGCAGCACUAUGAUGUCAAGGAUACUUCUUUCAAAUUACAAUGGCGUAACAAAGCAAGAAGUAUCACCGGUAUCCUUAUUGAAGUCACACCCACCCCCGGAUCACUGCCCACCAUCAGGAAAACCCUCCCAGGAGAUGCAAAUUCCUACACCGUCACAGGUCUGCAGCCAGGAACCACGUACUCUGUUAACAUGUACAGUCUGAACGGCAACACCAAGAGCGCUCCAGUAUUUUUCGUGAUUGACACAGCACGACCUGUGGUUCAACCUCCCACCAACCUCAGAUUUUCCUCUGUGACCCACACCUCGAUCUCGUUCACCUGGCAGCCACCUGCCUCACACGUCUCAGGAUACUAUGUCACCUACGAGGAGCUUGGACGAUCCCCUCAGCAGCUCAUACCCCAGCCACACUCAGGACAAACCUACGCCACCAUAACGGGUCUGAAACCAAGCACAAAGUACAUUAUCAGAAUAAUCGCCAUCCAAAACACACAGAGGAGCACGCCCCUGGAAGGCGAAAUCAGGACUAAGCCGGAGUCCUCGCUUCUGCCUCUGCCUCAGCCCCACCACCCUGGUGGUGUCAGCCCGCUGGAUGUGCCUGAAAUUGACUUUGGCGGUCAGGGCCAGCAGUACAUAGAGUACAACAAUAGGGAAGACAGCAGUGGAAACUCACAGUCGCCCUUCGGGCAAGUCCGUGAGCCUCUGAUCUAUGUCUCCCACCCUGAUGCAGAAGGUCGCAGGGUGCCUGUUGUAAAACUGAACGUUCCCAUCGGAUCCAUCUCCUUUAACGAGUCAGGAGUGCCGCUGGAAGCUCAGACUCAGACCAGCAUCUCCUGGAAGCCUUACAGUCAGAGCAGUGCCUACUUGGUGUCCUGCAAUCCUCUCACCAGCAUCAACGAGAAGAUGUUCCAGAUCCGCUUGCCAGGAACAGCCACCACCGCAACCCUGAUCGGACUCACACCUGGAGCAAACUACAACGUGAUUGUGGAGGCACUGCUGGGAGCACUCAAGCACAAAAUUCUGGAGCAAGUUGUCACUGCCGGAAACACCAUCCCAAAUGGAGUUCCUUCCACCACUGACUCCUGCUAUGACAGCUUCACCGCCACCUACUACGAUGUGGGUGCAGAGUGGGAGAGGAUGUCCGAGACGGGCUUCAAGCUCUGGUGCAAGUGCUUGGGCAUGGGCAGCGGUCACUUCAGAUGCGACUCAUCAAAGUGGUGCCAUGACAACGGGGUCAACUAUCGAAUCGGAGAGCAGUGGGACCGGCAGGCGGAGAACGGACACUUGAUGAGCUGCACUUGUCUGGGAAACGGCAAGGGAGAGUUCAAGUGUGAACCGCAUAAAUCAGUGUGUUACGAUGACGGCAAAACCUACCAGGUGGGCAACCAGUGGCAGAAGGAGUACCUGGGUGCAAUCUGCACCUGCACCUGCUAUGGAGGACAACAGGGAUGGAGAUGUGAGAACUGUCGUAGACCAGGCGGGGACGCUGAUGCCAUUUCUCUGCAGCCCGUCAGACACGGAGACACCGCCCUGCUUAAAAAAAUCCACUGUCCCAUCGAGUGCCUCCGACCCGACCUGCUGGCUGACGCACACGCUCCUCCAAGCUCCAAGAAAUGAGGCGCCACCAUCCGGCGUCCGCUCUCCUCUCACCGUCUAGUUACUGCACUGCAUCACUUUGUAGACGCCCGUUCAACUGAUCACAGUUCUUCUAUGCAACUCUGUCUACUGUCGGAUCAAUCCCGGUCAUUCCUGGAAGACGGUCUCUUCCCUGUGACUCAGCACCAGUUUUCACACGUUUCCUUCAGAUGGGUCUCUCUCUUUUUUAAUCACAAAUGUUGACAGAAUGUAGGCACUGUGCCAAAGAAUGUUGUUUUCCCCCAAAUGUCCAGAGAAACUUUUGCUUUUCUUUGUUGUAACUCGUCUUUCAUUCCUGAAUGGAUGCACUGCUUGUGAUUGAAAUUCUGAUCUUUUUACUAAUUUAUCUCAUCAAUUCCAGCUUGUGAAUGUGAACUGUUCUAUUUUUGUACUUUGUUGGUGCCAAACUGUUUUCCUGACAAGAAAAUAAAAUUCCCUUGUUUCAGUAAAGCUCAAGUCAUCCUGAAA